AGUACUUCCGGUUGGGUCACCGAGUAGUUUUUAAGAGCCUUUUUUUUGCGCGUUCGCGGUCGGCAUCUUUUCUCCCACUUGAAUCCCUUCGCGUCCAAAACUCGAUACGUUUCUAAAGUUUAAUUUUCGUCCGGCGUCUCCUUUUGCCAAGUGCUGUUCCCCGGACGUGUCGGCGACGCGUUUAAAGACGAGCGAGGCGAGAAGAGGAAGCAAUAGGCCACCAUCUUUCUUUUGGAUGCCAGCAGCAAUAACAAGAAAGCGAGCAGGCCAGCUUCAAGUGGAGCUCUGUACUUUGACAAUUUGCACUCUCCCAUCUUUCUCCACCGCGGGAUAAAAAUAAAAGGAAGAAAGCUGAGGACAGCUUCGGGUAGCGCUCGCGAAACCCCCGCCGACGUUGAGCUCAUCCUCCCCGGCUAUCUUUGGGAAGUUUCCGAUCAGAAGACUGGCUGCUAAGAAUUAGUAUUCCCAGUUCUUUCAUGUUUCCAACAGGUUUAUCUUCCCCUAACCCCCCACCGCCAACCCAGGAGGCAAGAGCAACGUCUACUGAUGUCAAAAACGACACCGGAAAUAUUAUAUCUUCGAAGAAGAGGAAAAUAAACGGCUCCGAGAGGGAAGAGACCAGCGACACCAUCUCUCCUUCGCCCCCUAAGAACCUCACUUCCUCGUCGUCAGCCUCCUCGUCGCCGGUGCACAUCCAGAAGAAGUUGCGUUUCGAGGACUCCGUGGACUUCAUCGGACUGGAUGUGAAAAUGGCCGAGGAGGCUGCCGCUGCUUCGUGCUCCAAUAACAAAAGCAAAGCCGCGCUCCUGGCCGCCGGCGUGGGGGGCCACCACGCUAACGGGCUCAGCAAAAGCGCGGCGGGCUCCGGGACCUUCUCCAACAGCAAGCCCGGUGCCGCCAAGAAGCUAGUCAUCAAGAAUUUCAAAGAAAAACCCAAGUUGCCGGAGAACUACACACAAGAGACGUGGCAGAAGCUUAAAGAAGCAGUGGAGGCCAUUCAGAACAGCACUUCCAUUAAGUACAACCUGGAGGAGCUCUACCAGGCUGUUGAGAACCUGUGCUCCCACAAGAUCUCUGCCAAGCUCUACAAGCAGCUGAGGUCCGUGUGUGAAGACCACAUCAAGGCCCAGAUUGAUCAGUUCAGAGAGGGUGUCCUGGACAGUGUGCUCUUCCUGAAGAAAAUAGACAAGUGCUGGCAAGAUCACUGCAGGCAAAUGAUCAUGAUCAGGGGUAUAUUUUUAUUUUUGGACCGCACCUAUGUUUUACAAAACUCCAUGCUCCCAUCCAUUUGGGAUAUGGGUCUGGAACUCUUCAGGUUCUAUAUCAUAAGCGAUCUGAAGGUUCAGAGUAAAACCAUAGACGGCAUUCUGCUGCUAAUCGAGAGGGAGCGCAAUGGGGAGGCGAUAGACCGCAGUCUGCUGAGGAGCUUGCUGAGUAUGCUGUCAGACUUGCAGAUUUAUCAAGACUCCUUUGAGCAGCGCUUUUUGGAGGAAACAAAUCGCUUGUAUGCUGCAGAAGGGCAGAGGCUGAUGCAGGAGAGAGAGGUACCAGAGUAUCUGCAUCACGUCAACAAACGCUUAGAGGAGGAGGCGGACAGAGUCAUUACAUAUCUAGACCAGAGCACACAAAAGCCUCUUAUUGCCACUGUGGAGAAGCAGCUGCUGGGUGAACAUCUCACAACAACUCUACAAAAAGGGCUAACGCACCUGUUGGAUGAAAACAGGAUUCAAGAUUUGUCUCUCCUAUAUCAGCUCUUCAGUCGAGUAAGAGGUGGAGUUCAGGUCCUCUUGCAACACUGGAUAGAGUACAUAAAGGCUUUCGGAAGCACAAUCGUGAUCAACCCUGAAAAAGACAAAACAAUGGUGCAAGAGUUGCUGGACUUCAAAGACAAGGUGGACCACAUCAUUGACGUGUGCUUUAUGAAGAAUGAGAAGUUUGUGAAUGCUAUGAAAGAGGCUUUUGAGACCUUCAUUAACAAGCGACCAAAUAAGCCUGCAGAGCUCAUAGCCAAACAUGUGGAUUCUAAACUGCGAGCUGGUAACAAGGAGGCAACAGAUGAAGAAUUGGAAAAGAUGCUUGACAAGAUCAUGAUUAUAUUUAGAUUCAUCUAUGGAAAAGAUGUUUUUGAGGCCUUUUACAAGAAGGAUCUAGCCAAGCGGUUACUGGUUGGAAAAAGUGCUUCUGUGGAUGCUGAAAAGUCAAUGCUGUCCAAACUCAAACAUGAAUGUGGAGCCGCUUUCACCAGCAAACUGGAGGGGAUGUUCAAAGAUAUGGAACUUUCGAAAGAUAUCAUGGUACAAUUCAAACAGUAUAUGCAGUGCCAAAACAUUCCUGGGAACAUUGAACUGACUGUAAACAUCCUCACAAUGGGCUACUGGCCCACUUACAUCCCCAUGGAAGUGCAUCUGCCUCCUGAGAUGGUGCGCCUGCAAGAGAUCUUUAAGACCUUCUACCUGGGCAAACACAGUGGCAGGAAGUUACAGUGGCAAUCAACGCUUGGUCACUGUGUCUUAAAAGCAGAAUUUAAAGAGGGCAAGAAGGAGCUGCAGGUGUCACUUUUCCAAACACUCGUGCUACUGAUGUUCAACGAAGGGGAGGAGUUCACUUUGGAGGAGAUUAAACUGGCCACAGGAAUAGAGGAUAGUGAGCUGCGUCGCACUCUUCAGUCCCUGGCGUGUGGCAAAGCACGCGUCCUUACCAAAAUCCCCAAAAGUAAAGACGUGGAAGACGGCGAUAAGUUUUCCUGCAACGACGAAUUCAAACACAGGCUUUUCCGAAUCAAAAUCAACCAAAUCCAGAUGAAAGAGACGGUAGAGGAGCAGGCCAGCACUACAGAGAGAGUCUUCCAGGAUCGACAGUACCAGAUCGACGCCGCUAUCGUACGCAUCAUGAAGAUGAGAAAGACUCUGAGCCAUAACCUUCUUAUGUCCGAGGUGUACAACCAGCUCAAGUUCCCCGUCAAGCCUGCUGACCUGAAGAAGAGGAUAGAGUCUCUCAUCGACAGGGACUAUAUGGAGCGUGACAAGGAGAACCCCAACCAGUACAACUACGUGGCUUAGAAAACAAACUGAAAACUAAGUGACAAUGAGAGAGAGAGGUACAGAUGGUCACAAGUGAGCCAUCUCAAACUUUUUUUGCCCCAGCGGCCCCCCAUUGUCAUCGUCAACCAAGCCACCGACGAGCUGAAUGGACGCCGCGCCGUAGGAUGUUUGUCAAGGGGUCGUCAGGUUCUGCGGAUUGCGCCUCAAUCGAAAGUUUUGUCCAUACUUCUCAGUGCCUCUGAGCUCAUGGGGCAAAUGAUGCACGCACACACACAUUUGCAUUUUUUUUUUUUUUUUAAAGCGAGGGAAAAUAUUUAUUUUAAAACUUAAGAUUCUUUGUUAACACUCUCAAACAAUAUGGUCAUAGUCACGUUGACCAUCUUUAUUGCCCAGCCCCUUUUACAUGCUAACACUACUUCAAAAAAGGUUCCAAACAUUCAAAAUGUUUACUCGGCCCCAGUCAAUUCUGAAAAUUUUGGACUUCAACUGUGUGUGCCAAAUGCAUGUUGUCAAAGCUGUGACCGGCAACACAAGGCGGAGCACUUCUUUGUUAUUUAGCUGCUACACCAUCAACCUCUAUAGCUUCAGUAUUUUUGUUUUGUACCAUACCUAACCGACAUGGCGUUUUCACCUUUUUACUGCCCAAUGUAUAUUUUUCUGUUUACCAUUUAAAUGCCAAAAGCACAACAUUUCAUCACCAUCCUUCUGUUUUUGUCCUUCACGCCGUUUUACUUUCUUUGGGGCUUGCUGAAAGUGAGAAGCGAUUGCAUCGGGGCACGACAUGAACGAAUAAACACAUCUUUGUACAAGUAUGUUAGGUUCUUUGCUUAAGAUUAGCAUAACUGUUUAAUUAGAGAAUGUGAUUUCUGGAGCAAUUGCGUGGGGAUGCUUUUGAGGCAUUUUCGGGUCAAUUUGACUGGGACGCGCUCAAAUUGGAUUGGACGUCUAGCACCGUCAAGAGCUCUUAAACAUAAGCAUUCAAAGUCAAUAUGUCCAGUUUAAAUGAUUUGGAAAUCUACUAAUGUCAAUGACGGGCAAUGAGUUCAUUUUGGGACACUUUCUUCUUUUUUGCGGCAUUCUUGGGUCACUUCUUGUCAAUUUUUGGUCAUUUUCUGUUAAUUUGGGGGUAUUUCUGGAUUCACUGGUCAUUUCCUGUUAAUUUUUGGGCUUUUUCAGGUCAUUUCCUCUCAAUAUCGGAUCUUUUUUUCCCCCAUUGGAAAUGAAUGGGGCUUAAUGCUGCCUUCAUGUGUUGUCGUAAUUAUGGUAAAUACCACUUGUCGAGUCAAAAAUUGCACAUGAAUUCCGCCUCGUCAUAUUUUCUACUGGAGAACAGGGAUUUUGUUAUGUUACCAGAGUUUUUGAGAUUGGUGGACCUUUUACUUUUCAAAAUGGUGGAGCGCGAACAAGUUGUG